AUGGACAACAAUGCAAAGGUGUUCCAACGAGUACGUCAUGAGGAAUCUGAGGCCGAAGUCGAUGAAGAAGUGGAUGUGUUGAUGUCGUCGGAUAUCGUUUCAGCUCAGAUGUCAACGAAAACGAAUCACUUUUCGACAAGCGAGCAAAUUGGUGACUAUAAUGUCAAUUUCUAUCUGGUAGAAGGAAUGAGAUUAGUAUCACGAAAGAGACGGGAGCAUCUGACUGCUGAUGAUAUUAAAAAGAACAAAUCUUUCAUGCAAUCGUUGGCAAGUGGUGCUGCUGUGGGUGAUGAGGAUUUCAAGAGCCUUCAACAUCGGAAGUCGUUAGCACCACCUGGUCGAAUGCCAACAACUUGGGAGGAAUAUGUGGGUGCCGCGCCUGGAGCCGCCCCACCUCUCGGAAGGGCACAAAUCUUGAAACAGAAUGAAAAACAAUUCACCGCUCUUAUUGGAAUGAGCGAAGAUUUCCCCAUGGGAAUAGAUGUUCUUCUCGAUAUUCUCGAAAUUGUCGCACCAUUUAAGCAUCUCGAUAAAUUGCGGCGUUUCUGUGAAGCAAGACUUCCGCCUGGUUUCCCUGUGCGUGUAGGUAUGUCCCCUUAA